UAAAUGAAUAGCAUAGAUGCAAAGUAGAGGAACAUCAAAAGAAUAACCACAAAAGCUUAUUUGCUAUGGAAUACUUAGAUGGAGAAGAAGGUGUGGAACCUGCAAGCCCCAGUGCACAAUACAUGAACAGCAAAGCGCUGUCCCUCUCCAUUAUUGCUGUUUUGGAAACAAAAGUUGCUUUCGAAAUCGAUGAAACAGAAUUGGUUUCCACAAUUAAGGAUGUCUUCUUACCCAUCAAUCGAAGGUUUUCUUCAAUCAUGGUAACUGAGGAAAAUGGCGAGAAGAAAUGGAAACCAGUGGUAGUAAAUGCUAUAGACCAUCUAAAAUUCCCCACAUAUCCUAUAGGGAAGCCAUUGGAGUACUAUGAUGAGUGCCUGACGGAGUAUUUGACAAAUAUAGCCAUGGAGCCAUUCCCACAAAGCAGGCCGCCCUGGGAAAUCCACAUAUUCAGACAAUCAACGAUGUGAUGACAGGAAUAGUGACAUAUGGAAUAAGAUUAUACAUGCAAGAAACAGAUAAAGAAACAUACAAUGGGAAAUGCACUUCACUAGUAUUGUUUAACACAAGAGCAACCAAAGGGUACACGUCAGUAGAUGAGAUGAUCAAACCAAACACGGAAAUGUCAUGGGGGAAUAGGUUCACUUUCUUAGCGUUCGCAAUUCCCAAGCUCAUUUUAACCGGUGAGAUGUCCGAUCCCCUUGGCUUUGUCUUUAGAGCUCACCACAUGGUAAAAAGACAAAAGAGUUCAGCUUCAGUUUAUCUCAACGGUCAGCUCCUGGAGUUCUUAAGGAAAUUCAGAGGCCCUGAGGCAGCAGCAGGGUAUAUACAUGGAAUGAUGAGGAACACAAGCAUUACGAUGACAAACAUGAUAGGCCCACUCGAAGAAGCAUCUGUGAUUAAUCAUCCCAUCAAAGGCAUAUACUUUUUUGUGGCGGGCUCUCCACAGAGUUUAUUAGUAACAAUGGUGAGCUACAUGGGAAAUCUUAGACUCACCAUUGCCGUUGAGAAAGACUUCAUAGAUGGGGACAAGAUAAAAUCAUUCAUUCAGUAUGCUUUUGAUGAAAUCUUGAGAUUGAGUGUCAAAUCACCGACCGUCUAGCUUUUGAUUAUCUAUAAAGAAAUAUAACCUGUUGAAAUGUAAUAUAUCGACUUGAUAAAAUGUAAAAUUAGUGUACCACGUUUCUGUUAUGGCUUAUUACGGCUUGAUACAUUAAUGCACUUCUUGAACUUGGAUUCAUGUAUUUUAUAUAGUACAAAGUCAUGCACAUAUUGUAUGAGAAUAGACAAUGAGCAACUUUAUGUUAGGGCCCAUGUAUCUCUUUCAUAGGCUUAUUAUGUAAUGGGCUUGAACCCCAGACAUAUAAAGUCUAGAGGAUAGGCUCAAAACCCUAAGCAUUGUAGAUAUCUAAACAUUCUCUAGGCAUUCACGCACACAUACAAUAGAGGGAAGAGAGAGUUGCACCUAUAUUUGAAUAAUGUGUCAUAAUAACAAACAUCAUUUCAUAUUCAAUACAAGGUUUCUUCUCUUCUCUAUCGAAUAUAUAUUCAUCGAUUGACUGUUGGAAACAGGACACACAUAAAUGUAUAAUUCAUUUUUUAAAGUAUUUGAUGUAUCUGUAAACAUAGAAAAUAUUUUGAUAAUUAUAGAAGUUUCGUGUAUUUAAAGCUUAAUGUUUUCUUUCGUGUCAUGAUAGUCAAAUCACCAAAAGCAGUGUGAUAAAUGUUAGAGAGCAUUUAUCAAAUUUUUAUAGCUUAAUGUUUUUAAUAGUUUUUUUUAUAGUUUUUUCAUUAACAACUCUUCAAAUUUUGCCUCACAAUUCAAAAAAAUAUCCGGAUUUAAACUUUUUGCUAGAAUUACACCAAUUUUGCUAGAAUUACACCGACUUUCUAUAACGAAGUUACUAGAAUAUUCCCAAACUUGCUGCAAGGAGAUCCAUAAUUUUAAUGUAAAUAUUUUAUUACUUAGCAGAGCAGACAUUUUGACCAUUUCGGAAAUUAAAAUCAAGAGCAUUUGGAGAAAAUAUAAAGUUUCGAUGAAAUAUAACUAAUGUUCAUAAACUAAAAUUUCAAAAUAAAACACCCUUUAAAAAAAUAUGAAAGAAGUAAAAUUCCAAAACUUUUAAACAAAAAAGUUAUUCUAGAAAAAAUCUAUAAAUCGAAACAUGUUAUUUAAUAUGCUUAAAUAGUCAAGAAACCUGAAAUUCUUCUUAAUGUAGUACGGAGUAUAUUUUAAUAUAUGUAAACAAUGAAAAACUUCUGAUGAUUUUUUCCGGAUGUCUGCGACCUGCGGCUGCCAGUGCCAGUAGUUACUAUAGGUGGUAGACUAGUAGUGUACAUGCCGCAUAUUAUAUGGUAAACGCGAUUGUAUCAUGUGUAUGGUACAACUAGGCAAAACUGUAACCAUUUGCGAAUUUGAGCCCAAUUCUUACACACUCAAUUACAUACUUUGACCCCCCCCCCCCCUCCAAUCCAUUCGUGCAAGUCUUCUCUCCUACUUCUUUGUUAUUUUUAUUUAUUACUUUAUAUUUUUAUUUUAUUUUAGUACGAUAAUAAUCAAUUUCUAUUCAAAUUUAACACGUUUGAAUUCUGAAAACAUCACAGGGAAUAAUAAUUUGAUGAAGAGCAUCAUCAUCUCUUUCUUUGGAAGAUAGAUCUACUCUUCUUCUUUAAAUUAUCUCAUACUUCGUAUAUAUGGAGGCUCACCAACUGUUAGAAAAAAGUUCAUAUUGAAUUUUCAUUCAUUUCUUCAGUAAACGUAUAGGCUUGUUGCACUUGAUUAAAGAAGUAACUAUGCUUUUGGGUAGUAGUUCUUUAUUUUGAAUAGAUUUAAAUAGCCCUUUAAUUUGCUAGUUCUACAUCUUUAAUAAAUUGUAUAAUUUGUUUGUUCUUUUCUAUGUUUUACAUUUAGCCCA